AAGUUGAAUUCUAUCUAGAAGAUGAACCAGAUCUAUGUGGCAUCUCCGAUAGGAACAUUAGCAUCACCAAUACCUUCUCCCGUGUAUACAGUUGUGCACAUCACAGACUUUGCUUGAGGCACCUCGCUGAAAAUCUCUGUGUAAAUCAACACUAUGGAGAACAUCUUUAUCUAUUCUACGCCACGGAAAAGGCGUAUUACUUUGAUGAGUCUAAAGAGAAUUUUGAGAAAUUAAAGUAUAGUUGCCCCGAGGCAGCACAUGUCCUUGAAAAUGUGCUUGAUUUUGAAAAAUAUAGUAGAGCACACUUCCCGGGCAAUAGGUACGAUGUGAUGACUACAAACAUCGCCGAGUUGCUCAACUCAGUUUUGAUGGAUAAACGGGAGUACCCUAUGUCGUACGUAUUCAAUUCAAUUGCUAAAAAAAUUGGUGAAAAGUUUACAGAGCGGUAUGCCUAUGUCGAUGGUAAAAAGAACAUAUUUGUUCCUUAUGCGGAAAAGAUCCUAAGUGAUAACAAGAGUUCAAGUGAUUCCUUAUGUAUGACUAAUCCAAAAGGGGUUCUUGACCAGUACACGGUGUUUGGCAAUGGUGUUACUGACAAGGUCAAUCUCUUGAAGAGGAGUUGUUCUUGUCAAAAAUUUAACUUGGUGAAAAUACCGUACGAACAUGCGAUGGCAACUUUGCGAGCAAAGCAUGGCGAUGGCGUAGGUUAUGGAAACUCCAUCUAUGAGUACUCUUCUCUAAUUUAUAAAGCGAAAAGUUACCUCCUCGCAUACUCGUAUGCAAUUAACGUUGUCCCUCCAGAGGCCGAAUGA